UACUAUAUACAUUGUCUAAAAUUGCACAUUUUGUUGAAAUGGUUACUCUCUCUAUCUCAUUGUAUUGUGAUUAGUUUGCCAAGUUGGGAAAAUGGUAGAAGAGAGACAAUAACAGAAUUACUAAAAUUUUAGAGGCUACAAAAAGACAAGUCCAAACAUAUUCACACACUUAAAAAGCUUUUCUCGUACAUUUUUGCUAUAUAUGUACGGUGGUGUCUCUCUUUGACUCCUCUCUUUCUAUAUCACUCACUAUUUAUGUAUCCAUCUCUCCACACAUCUCUCUCCAUCUCACACACAUCUUCCUCUUAACACAUUAAUAUAUAUUACAUAAGUUUAACAUCUUCACAACCAACAACACAACUCCUCUUCUCUUUUCUUGAACAUCAGAAUAAUGGAAGCAUUUGAAGAGGCGAUAGCGGCCUCAAAAGAGCAAGCAUUGAUCCUUAAAAGGAAGCGUACAAAGCGACAACGUCCACAGUCUCCCAUUCCUUUCUCUGUAUCCCCUCCUAUAGUUGAAGAAGAAGUAUCCAACGUUCUUGAUUCCAAGGAAAAUGAUGUAGCAAACCGCAAAAAGGAUGGUGUGGUCACGUCUUCAUCUUCAUCAGCAUCUUGGUCCUCUAACAACAACCCAACAUUGAAGGGCGAAGAAGACGAGGAAGAUCAAGACGUAGCCAAUUGUUUGAUACUCCUUUCCCAGGGACACUCUUUCCCCCAACACAACCAACAGCUCAAGAUACCUCACCAAGAAAUAAACAACAAUAACACGUAUAGAUUUAGCAGCAGGAGGUUUCUAGAGACUUCUUCAUCAAACGGUGGUGGCAAAUCAGGUUACUACGUUUAUCAGUGCAAAACAUGUGACCGGACCUUCCCUUCUUUUCAGGCUCUAGGCGGCCAUAGAGCUAGCCACAAGAAACCUAGAGCCACCUCCUUUUACUCCAACCUUGACCUAAAGAAGAGUAUCUACGAAAACGACGCCGCUUCACUCGUUACAACCACAAAUAUUUACAAUAACAACAAAAACAACAACAAUAGAUCGCUUGUUGCUUACGGAAAGGCAAAUAACAAUAAAGUUCAUGAAUGUGGAAUUUGUGGAGCCGAGUUUACGUCUGGACAAGCCUUAGGUGGUCACAUGAGACGGCAUAGAGGUGCGGUGGUUGUGGCUGCGGCACCAGCUCCCAUCGUGACGGUGGCAGCGGCUGCGGCCAACACGGAGUUAUCAUUGUCUUCCAUGUCGUAUGAUCAAAUAUCCGACGGUCAAGAUCAUCUGGUGAUGCCAGAGGCAAAGAAAGCUAAGAAGAUGGUCGUGUCAUUGGAUUUGGAUCUGAAUCUACCCGCACCGGAAGAUGAGAAUAGGGUCAAUGGGUUGAGCUUGGCUUUGAAGCAAAAACACGAACAAGAACAAGAACAUCAAGAGACGAAACAAAGAGAAGAACCAGUGUCUCUUGUCUUGUCUGCUCCUACUUUGGUGGAUUGCUAUUACUGAUUUAUUAUUAAACACACUAAUCUAAAAACAUAUUAUUUUCUUUUUUUGGCUUACUAGGAAACUGAUAAUUCAUUCAAUAUCUAACGUUUUUUUUUGUGUGUAACCGAUUCUUUGCUUCUUAAAUACUUGCGGGAUUCUUUUUUUCUUGGGUCUUUUUUCAGACGAGUAUACUAAAAUAUAAUCAUUUCUUUAGUUUCGAUUUGUUACAAAAGAAAAUUGUAUAGAUAUUUUGAUGUCACGUUCUUUAAUGAUUUUGAUCAGAAAAUAUUAUUUUCUUGUUUCCUCCAGAAGAAAAAAAAAAGCUCAUGAAAAGGGCGUGACGGGGUGUCUAGUCUUCUUGUUUCAAUUCUGUUCUUUUUAGCAGUUGUAACAAAAAGUUCUCUUUGCCGUUGACAAAUAAAGCUUUAAAUCGAUAGUGAGAGAGUUCUGAUCA